AUGUCGUCUUUUGCGCUGGAGAAGGAAUCGCCUUUGGGCUUCCUUUACAAUAAUGCUGCCGCCGGGGCUUUGUCAAAUGCAUACAACACUUUCCAAGAGAAGAGGGAAGCGCUGGGCCUCUCAAACCCUGGAACAGUUGAGAACAUUGCUAGAGAAGUUCAACGCGAUGUAUUUCUCAACAACUACACAUUCUCUGGUCUGAGAGCAGAUCUCACCAAGCCUUUCAGCAUGGCACCUUUAUUCCAAGUCUCCCAUGCAUUUUCUAUGGGAUCCCAAGGCUUACCCCCAUACACGUUUGGAGCGUUGUUCGGCACAAGCAAGAUCUUUAUGCAAGGAAACAUGGACAAUGAAGGGCAGCUUACCACUAGAUUCAAUUACAGAUGGACCCCAGCUUUCGUUACCAAGACACAACUUCAAGUCGCCCCCGGUCAAGCUAUGAUGCAAUUAGACAACGAGUAUACCGGACAAGAUUUCACAGCUUCAAUCAAAUCUCUCAACCCUUCGAUACUUGACGGAGGAUUCACCGGUAUUUUCAUUGGUCAAUAUUUACAAGCCGUUACCCCAAACCUUGCUUUGGGUUUGGAGGCUGUCUGGCAGCGAGCAGCAAUGAACCAAGGUCCCGAAACUGCGGUAUCAUAUUGUGCUAAAUACAAGGGUAGUGAUUGGAUUGCUAGUGCUCAAUUGCAAGCGCAAGGAGCUGUAAACACAUCGUUCUGGAGAAGAUUGACAGAUAAGGUCGAAGCUGGUGUGGAUCUCAACUUGCAAUUCGCGGGGUUGUCUGGAGCUGGAAUGAUGGGAGGACCAAUUAGAAAAGAGGGUGUCACAACUGUUGGUGCUAAGUAUGACUUCAGAAUGUCUACUUUCAGAGCUCAAGUCGAUUCAACUGGAAAGUUGAGCUGCUUAUUAGAGAAGAGAGUUGCACCACCUGUGCAACUUACUUUCGCAGCUGAGAUGGACCAUUUCAAGCAAGCAGCAAAGAUUGGAGUAGCAGUUUCCAUCGAAUCUGGUGACGAAGCGGUCGAAGAACAAGCAAUGGCAGUCGGAGGUGCCCCACCUCAAAUCCCAUUUUAA